AUGGCGCGCAGAAGAGAAUCUGGCCCCCGGGCGCAUGACGAAACGCUCUUGAUGAUACCUCCCCCUGGCUUUAAGUUCAUCCCACGAUAUGAAACAGUGUGCGGACAGCCCGGUUGUUUCGAAUGUUUUGAUAUUUACUGCGAGCGUUGCGAGUCAAAAGACAGGCGAAUUAUUGAAUUAGAAAUGCGCAACAAUGACUUAGCAAAGUAUAUUGCGCAGCUGCAGGCGAGGGUCUUUGGUUCCCCCAAGCAGCUGGCAGCAACAGCAGCAGCAGCAGGACCACCGGGUGUACCCCUGCCAGGAGGAGCUGCACAAACACCCCAAUCAGCCACUCUUUUAACCCCCCAACAAGUCAUGCAAAAUUCAGCACAAACAAACGCCGCGCAACUUCGCUUCCCUCAGCCAGACAAACCACAACCAGGUAUAACACAAACUUAA